CCCCCACCCGUCGUUGAGUUCUUUCUUUCUUCCCCCUCCUCUCUUCGCUGCCAAGCGGCUUUCGAGGAUCGCCGAAACCGCCGGGGGCGCGACGAAGUCGGUAGCGGUUUUCCGACACGAAACACUGGUUUCCCGACCGGCCGAGGAAAAGUCGGGUGGCGGUCCGAGCGAACCGGGAAUUUUGACUGAUUGAGAAAGAGAGAGAGAAAGAGGAGGCCUUGGCGACGAGAUUGAAGCUUGGUCACUCGAGCUCUUCUCUGCUCUCCAAUGGCAGAAGCUCGGUGAAAGCCUAGAAGACGCAAUCGAAUGCUCGGAAAUCAUUGGUUUUGUUCUCUGGAAUCACGAUCAGGCGUUCUGUUUUGAUCCGUUUGGAGUUCUGGGAGGGGGUUUUGCUAGGGUUUUUGGGAGCUUAUCUAUGCAUGGAAGGGAGAGAUGGCUUGACAGCUGGGGCGGCGGCACCGGCGGUGACGGCGCCGGCGGAGGCGGCGGGGAGCUACCAACCACCGCCGCAGCAGCCCCCUCUGGAGGCGGCGGCGAGGAGUGAGGGCCCGAGCCAGGCGGAAGGAGGGACGGCUGCCCCGCGGCCUGCGGGGGUGGCGGUGGGGCCGGCGGCGGGGAGCGUGGGCAUGGGGAUGGUGAAGAAGAAGAGGGGGCGGCCGAGGAAGUACGGGCCGGAUGGGAGCUUGCUCAUGCCACUGAGUCCGAAGCCGAUCUCGGCGUCGGCUCCUCCCGGCGAGUACCAUCCGGCUCCGGGAAUGAAGCGGGGUAGAGGGCGGCCAGGGGAUUUCGUCAAGAAACCACAACACGCAGUCGAGUUGGAAUCUUUAGGUGAAAUGGUUGCGUGCUCUGCUGGUGCAAAUUUCACACCUCAUGUCAUCACUGUUGCAGCUGGCGAGGAUGUCACUAUGAAGAUCAUAUCUUUUUCUCAACAAGGGCCUCGAGCAAUUUGUAUCUUGUCUGCUAAUGGUAUAAUUUCAAAUGUUACACUUCGUCAGCCUGAUUCCUCUGGAGGUACAUUAACUUACGAGGGUCGGUUUGAGUUACUCUCCUUAUCUGGAUCAUUUAUGCCUACCGAUAAUGGAGGUACAAGAAGUCGUUCUGGUGGGAUGAGUGUUUCUUUGGCAAGUCCAGAUGGUCGAGUUGUAGGGGGAGGGGUUGCUGGUCUGUUGGUAGCUGCCAGUCCUGUGCAGGUCGUAGUUGGCAGUUUUUUGCCAGGCUACCAAAUGGAGCAGAAGAGCAAGAAGCCAAAGUUAGAAGCUACAUCUGUCUCUUUUUCAGCAGCUACCAUUCAGAUUCCGAGCUCGCAUGUAGAGGUGGCUUACAGUAGCGGUCAGGGGACCGGCACUUCAGCAAUGCCAAAGACAACUCGUGCAACUACCUCCUUCAGAGCAGAAACCUGGUCUGCCUCUAUACCUGAUGACACUAGGAACUCCUCAGCUGAUAUCAAUGCAUCUUAAUUAAGGGUCAGUUCACUCGAAGCUUCACACAGUGUGAGCCUCAGGGGCUUCUAACUGAUCGGAACCUGGCUCUCCUUGAUGAGGUGGCUUCAGAGCAAGAUAUGGCAUUGAAGUAGUUGAAGUUUUCAGACUUGCUCCUAACUUAUCUUGUAAGCUAAGUGAUAUGCAUUUAGGUUUCUACGGUUGAAUUGAGUAGCUGUUUGUUUCAUAGGGUGUUGUAUUUCAUUAGCAAUUGGAGUUUUUGUAUUGUCCACUACUGUCUAGUUUAAUAAUUUCCUUUAUUGUAACACUGUUUUAAUGAGUUAUGCUGGAGCCAAAUAUUUGCUUGUUUCAGUGAAA